AUGAAGCCGUCGAUAGCCCCACAGAGCCUGAGGUCCAUCAGCCGACAUAGUCUUCAGCACAGUGGUCUCAGAAGUAAAAAGUCCGGCUUCGAAGCCCUUUCCUACGUCUGGGGAAACCCAGCUGUCACGAAUGAGAUUACUUGCGACAACAGAGGAAGAAAGGUGGGCAGAAAUCUUUACGACGCACUUGAGCGGCUCCGACUUCCCGACGUAGAUAGGGUACUAUGGGUUGAUGCACUUUGUAUCAACCAGAGCGACAACAAAGAGAAGACGCAACAAGUUCGCAUCAUGGGCGAAAUAUAUAAAAGAGCACGAAGGGUACUCAUUUGGCUAGGGAAAGGUGAUGACGUCCAACAAGGAAUAGGGAAACUGGCAUCAAGACCAGCCAAUGAGAAACGUGUCGAUUGGUCACCACUCAAGCCUGUUUUCACAAAUCCACUGUUUAUUCAAGCCCAAUCUUUGCUCAUCUGGCUCGGAUUCGAAGGGGUAGUGAAUAUGGGAGUGGCAAAGCUUGAAAGACCACAAUCGUCUGACAAAUUUGACUGGUCUUCGCUUAUACCUGUCAUCCAAAGCCCAUGGUUCACUAGGGUUUGGUGUAUACAAGAGCUCAUCUUGGCAUCAAAUCCCAUAAUAGUCACACGCGACUCUGUGAUAUCCUGGGACGAAUUUGCCAAAGCGGUUUUGGCGCUUAGAAGGCAGUUCAACGCUUAUCGGAUGAAGACACAGCACCAGGGCAAUGAGUCAAUUGAGAACUUCUACUUCCUACACGACAUGCGCGAAAGGCAUAAGAUGAGAAGGAAGAAAAGGCAUAGUCUUUUAGAGCUGAUGUUCUUGACUCGAGGCUUCCAAGCUACUGACCCUCGAGACAAGCUCUUCGCGCUUAUCGGUCUAGCUGGAGACGUGCUAUCGUCUGAUUGGGAGGUGACGCCGAAUUACGAUUUAUCUGUGGCCGAGGUUUAUCGCCGCUUUGCUCUCUGGCACCUCACUCGUAAACGGCACUUUGAAGCCUUCUCCUUUGGCCGUAACCAGGACCUUCCAUUGUCUCCGCAACUGGAAUCUUUGCCGUCUUGGGUACCUGAUCUGACGAGGCCAGAUUUUACCGCGCCGUUACCUAAGCUGGAAUAUCUAUCUACUAAUUACAUCGACUUGCGCUACGAAGUGCUGAAAGAAUUCGAGCUGCGUAAGAAAUAUUUCCAUGAAGGUAUCAAGAUCUACCAUGCGGAUCUCAAAUAUCCUUGGUGGGCACUCGGUCGACAUUCCGAUUUUCGGCCUGCACAAAUUGCAUUUUCCGAUGGUACGGCCGUGAUACACGUCGUGGGGACCAAAAUUGGGUCCCUCAAAGCACUGGGAACACCUUUUGAUCAAGAAGCUGCUGUAGAUGUAUCAAGAUUUUCACCAAAAACGCUUGAGGACACCGACGCUGAAGACUUGAGAUUUUCUUCCAAUGUUUUGAAUACAUAUGAGUGGCUUAGCGAGACGUGGGCUUUGGUUGGAGAAGUCACUUUAGGAGACAAAUAUGCUCAAAUCUCCAGGAACACGAUUGGUAGAGUCUGGAGGACGGUGACUUGCUGUAUGACAGCAAAAGGAGAAAACGCUCAAUCUACCAUCUAUUCUCGUGCUGCGCAGUCAUUGUAUGAGAAGUUUCUCGACAGAGCGCAACGAAUUGAAGCUAAAAUCGCGAAAAAUGGCACCACGCCGACAAAAGGCACCUCGGCCAACGUUGAUGCGGAAAACACUGGCUUCAGCACUAUAUCUUUCACGGAAGACGAGCUCGAGAAAUUACUGCUUAUACACAUGAGCGUGAUUAAAUGGCACCAAGGACGGCGGUUCGCCAUUACAGACUCGGGCGAUUUUGCUGCUGUACCUAGAGCAGCGCGGAAGGGAGACGUUGUCUGCAUCUUCAAUGGAGGGAGGGUACCUUAUGUACUUAGACCGGGUAAAAAUGGCCACUACACUCUUGUUGGAGAGUGCUAUGUCGAUGAGAUGAUGAGGGGAGAGGUUAGAGACCGGUUUCCAAGAAAGGCACACGAGACGAGUUUUUCGAUAGAGUAG